GAGCCCAGCGGGCGGCGCGCCUGCCCUUGUUUGGCCACGCGGCGGCGGCGGUGUCGGCGCAUCCUCCCGGGCCGCCCCCCGCGGGCGUCAGAGGGAGGCGGGCGCCCCGCGCGGUGACGGCGACGCCUGCGGCCGCGGGACUCUCCACUCGCCGCCGCCGGAGAGGCCGGUGACCUCUUGGCCGCCCCGCCUCGGAGGUUCAGAUGGCUCAGGCGAAGAUCAACGCGAAAGCCAACGAGGGGCGCUUCUGCCGCUCCUCCUCCAUGGCCGACCGCUCCAGCCGCCUGCUGGAGAGCCUGGACCAGCUGGAGCUCAGGGUGGAGGCUUUGAGAGAAGCGGCAACUGCUGUGGAGCAAGAGAAAGAAAUCCUCCUGGAGAUGAUCCACAGCAUCCAGAAUAGCCAGGACAUGAGGCAGAUCAGCGAUGGAGAAAGAGAAGAAUUAAAUCUGACAGCAAACCGUUUGAUGGGAAGAACGCUCACCGUUGAAGUUUCAGUAGAAACUAUUAGAAAUCCCCAGCAGCAAGAAUCCUUAAAGCAUGCCACCAGGAUUAUUGAUGAGGUGGUCAGUAAGUUUCUGGAUGAUUUGGGAAAUGCCAAGAGUCACUUGAUGUCACUGUACAGUGCUUGUUCAUCUGAGGUGCCAUCUGGGCCUGUUGACCAGAAGUUUCAGUCCAUAGUGAUUGGCUGUGCUCUUGAAGAUCAGAAGAAAAUUAAGAGAAGAUUAGAGACUCUGCUUAGAAAUAUUGAAAACUCUGACAAGGCCAUCAAGCUGUUAGAGCAUUCUAAAGGAGCUGGUUCCAAAACUCUGCAACAAAAUGCUGAAGGCAAAUUUAAUUAGUUUUGAAACAGAAGAGCACUUACAAAUAAUGACGUAAAAAUGGUUAAAUACUAGUUCUUUAUGUUAGGCAUAACAUUUGAUACUGAUUAUUUCAGAUGAGGAAAAUACCCCAGUGUCAUCAGUUUUGUGAUUAACAUAAUUAAAACUAGAAGUAUUUUAAUUAUCUUUCUAGAAAUUUUUAGAUUGAAUUCUUGUCUUGUAUUAGGAUCUAGCACCUAAUAUAUAUUUUUUUUACUAUUCUGUGGUUGAAUACUUAGUAUAUAGGAGAGAGUUAGUGCUCAGCCUGGGGCAAAAGCAUUAGUUUCCUUCCUGGGCUUUAUCUGGAGUGGAGAUACUUGGGCACAUGGGGCAUUUGGUUGACUAGAAAUUCUUUACUUAAUCAGCACACACACUUACUACACAUCUACUGUUAACUAAGAAGUGUGCUUAAAAGGGAUCCCAAAAUAAGAAGCUUUCCCUCCAUCUUUUUCAUAAAGCACCUUUUUUGGACAUCUGAAUCAAUUUUGACUUAAGAUUUAUGCAUCUGAUAAUAUGAAUAUAUUUCUUCCUGUGUGUGAAAACAUGGCAUAAAGUGUGAGAGAAUUCACCUGAUUUUACCACUGUGAACAACUCUAUGUCCACUUCAUCUUUUUCCAAAUGCAUCAUUUCUCUCAAUUUGUACUCAUUAUUGAAAUGCGGUAUUGUAACUUGCCUUUUUUUAAAAAAAAUGCUGCUAUAAAGUCUGCUAAUUGUCAACUUUAAAACCUCUAUUCCGUAUAGUUGUAUAAUUUACUUAGCCAUUCCCCUAACUAGGCAUUUAGGUUGUUUCCAGGUUGUUUCUUAUUCCUGCAACAUAUUUAUAUACAGAGAGCUUUUUCCUUUUUUCUUUGUUUUUGAUUUUCUUUGUAUAAGUUCCCAGCAGUGGAAUUUACCAGGUCAAAGGGUAUAUACAUUUUCAUGACCUGACAUAUUUCCAAAUUUUUUGGUAUAAGAGUUACAUCAAUUUAUACUGUCUUCAGUAAUUAAAAUGUAGCUAUUUCACUAAAAGCUUCCGAGAAUCGAGCAUUGUUUUUUCUAACAUUAGACACUAGACUAAAUACCUGAAUUUGGUUUGCAUUUUGUUUACUAACAAGGUUGACCUGUAUAUUGAUUAUUCUUUUAUGUGUGAUAAAUGAAACAACCGUAGAACACUUUCAUUUGUUAGAAGUAACUAGUGUUGUGGAUACACAAAAACCUCGACUUCCCCCUCAAAUACUACUUCAAAAUGAAUACAUCAAACUCAAUUUUCAUGAGAAUGUAGGUAUUCUUUCACGCUGGGGGAGAAAGAGAGUCAGGAUCCAGAUUAGCUUUAUAUAUUUAUAGCUUGCAAUGCAAACAAUAUUGAGCUUCACUUUCUGGGCAAAAAUGUCAAAUUAGCCUCUCUUCAUAAAAAGCAAUUACAAUCUGAGAACAUUAUGGUUUUGAUUGCCAUUGCUAAGUCGGCCUCAUUUAAAUCUUUCCAUUUCAUGGGGAACAUUAAUUCUCAUUGAUAACUGUGGUCAAAGCCGCUUGAUUUUGUCAGUUGACUCUCAUUUGCUAUCAUCAGGUUCACUGUCAGAUAAAGAUGUUCUUUUUGUGCCAUCUUUACCAGCUUUUUGAAAAUUAAGAAACAAGAAUCAAGUUUUCUUCCAGUUCUCAAGGACUGUCAGCAUCUUUGAAUCCCUUCCACCCUGGGAGAUACUCCCACUUCCCAUUCACUCAUUCACUCCAUGUUAGCCUAGGACAUUUUCUACCACAUGUUUGGGCCCCGCCUCCUCAACCUUUGUGCUCUUCAUGUUGUUUCUUCCCCAUUUUUUUGUAGUGGAGAUUCAUUGGAGGCCAGUCCUUAUCACGGACUUGAAGAGCUGUGGUCUGCCAUCUCCAGGCUGCCUCAGUCCCUGGCCUGCAGCACCUGUAGCCCUCUGUAUCUCCAGCCUGAGCCACAUUCCAGGGGCAAGGACCUCAGUGUGUUGAUUCUUAACAUUUUUAUUUAUUAUAAGAAUGAGUAGAAGUGCAAUUCAUUUUUAAAUGAUGAAACUACCAAGAGUCACAUUAACCUUCAUCUGUCAUCUUUUUUUUUUUUUUAAUUUUUUAAUGUUUAUUUACUUUUGAGAAAGAGAGACGGGGGAGAGUAUGAGCAGAGGAGGGGCAGAGAGAGAGGGAGACGCAGAAUCCGAAGCAGCCUCCAGGCUCCAAGCUGUCAGCACAGACCCCAACACCGGGCUCAAAUUCACGAGCCGUGAGAUCAUGACCCGAGCUGAAGUCGGGCGCUCAACCAACUGAGCCACCCAGGCACCCCUGUCAUCUUUUAUAUAGAUAAUAGUCUGGGACUGCAAUGGAAUUCAGAGUAUAUUAUUUGUCUUUUAUUCAUACAUUCCCUAAAGCCCCAUUCCUUUUUUUUUUUUUUAAUGUUUAUUCAUUUUUUGAGAGACAGACAGACAUAGCCUGAGAGGGGGAGGGGCAGAGAGAGAGGGAGACACAGAAUCCAAAGUAGGCUCCAGGCUCUGAGCUGUCGGCACAGACCCUGAAGUGGCGUUCAGACUCAUGAACUGCAAGAUCGUUUCUUACCAUUUACUGAAUGUAGCAUACAGUUUUUGGACAGCCCUGCUUCCAUCCUUCAUGAGACUGCUUCCCAGUAGAGUGUCCCUAUUCCUACACUGGCUCUAAGAGCGCAGCUUGCAGGACCAGCCAAGGAGUUGACGGGAGAGCAUUCAAUGUGCAUCAACUGAGGACAGAGUGAUAUUGCCACCCCGUGAAAAGUCUGACAAAUGUAGAAUUGUCCCUCCUGGUAUUUAAAUGUAGGAAUCAUUGACAUUAAAAAAUAAUAAAAAUCCUGAAAGCUUUCAGAGGGAUAGGAAGGAGAGAGCUAACAGUAAUGAAUGUGAACUGGGUUUUCCAGCUGUGCUGCCCUCCCAGUACCAGUACUGCCUCCACUAGGGGGCACCAUUCACGCUAUUCUAUGGGAAUGGUAUCCUGUGACUAGAACAUUAGCAAGUGAGGUAUGAUGCAGAGGGACACAAUAGUGAGUACAGACAUGGUCCUCUGCAUUGAUGCAGCUCACUCUAGCACUCCAACUCAAAAUGCUUGGAAUUCACUCUAAGGAGAUGACCAAUUAAUUACAGAACUCUGCUUAAACAUGUUACAAUUGGAAAGCAUGAAAGAAUUUAACAACCCCUGAAAGGAACAGAGUAAGGAUCUGGCAAACAAUUACACGCAAUGAUUUUUAAGUAGGAAAUAUCCAUACAUGUGUCCCUUUCAAAUGACUGAGAGAAAUGCUGAUACAUGUGGAGGACACAUAUGUGAUAAUGCUAUUUUUGAAGGCUGGAUUUUGAAAUUCCUCAAAGACAAAAAUGAAAGUAAAAGCUGAGAAUUUUAGAAAAGGCAAGGACAAUAGUGAAAUUGGACUUGUGUGUAUCUACUCACAACAAGCAAGCAAAAUGAAAUGGACCUCUGUUUAGGGACAUGACUACAUUCUUAAGCUUUCAAUCAUGAUCAAAGAGUAAACAACUUGAACUGGGUCACACUAAUCUUUAAUUACCCACCUGAAAUAUUGGGGGUGCCCAGCUGACCAGGCCUUAGAGCAUGCAACUCUUCAUCUUGGGUUUGUGAGUUCAAGCCCCACGCUGGGUGUAGAGCUUAUGUAAAAACAAUAAAACAAACAAACAAACAAACAAAACAUUGUGGCAAACAUGCUUCCCUUGCAUGUAGUUGGCAUUCAGAUCACUAUGGCAUUCACUCACAGCUGUUUGGUGAGGGCCAAUUUCAGUAUCUAGCCCAGCUUUUUUUUUUUUAAGUUUAUUUUUCAAAGAGAGAAUACAAGUGAGGGAGGGGCAGAGAGAGAGAGAGAGAAUGGGAAUUGCAAGUAGGCUCUGCACUGCCAGCACAGAACCCAAUGUAGGGCUCGAUCUCAUGAACCGUGAGGUCAUGACUUGAGCCAAAAUCAAGAGUCAGACACAACCGGCUGAGCCACCCAGGCACCCCUCUAGUCCAACUUUAAUAUGCAACUAAUUUGGGCAUGAUUUGUGCAGGAAUUUGACAGAAGCUGUCGGAAAAGAUUGAAAAACCUGGCAUUGGAAAACUGACCUAGAAUUUGGAUCCAGAGAGUAUUAUAAGUACAUAUUCAAGUGUAAUCAUCAGCCCUCAGGUCUGAAGAUGAUACAGCCCUGGGACAGAACACACAUAGUGGCUUUAAGCUUUGCUGCAGGAAGACUUGAGUUCCUAACCCCAGCUCUUAUCAGCAGAGAGCCGAAAGAAUAUCCCUGACCUCCCCAGCUGUAAAGUCAGGAUGAUAAUGCUCCUGUGAGUUAUGAACUUUAAAUGAGAUACCAUAUGCAAGGUGCUUAGGAUGGUGGCUAACAUAGAAAGCACUUGCUAAAUAAAUUUGAAUAGGGGACUCCUGACUGGCUUAGUCGGUGGAGCAUCUUGAUCUCAGGAUUGUGAGUUCAAGCCCCAUGCUGGAUGUAGAGAUUAUUUAUAUAUUUUUUAAUGCUACAGUUAUUUUGCACAGGGAAAAGUAAAUUUAUUACUUGAGGGUGGAGCACAAAAGCCUCAAAACAACAUUUCUUUAAAAUAGACUCUAUUUUAUUUCUUUAAAACAAACUUCAUUUCUAAGACAAAAUUAUUUAAGCCACAGUGCUACUAAAUUGCAUUAAAUACCCCACUAUCAAUAAAAUCACUAUGCUAAAUAUUGGCAGAGUAUCUAAAACAUGAAAUAGGGGUGCCUAGAUGGCUCAUUUGGUUAAGCUUCUGACUCCUGAUUUUGGUUCAGGUCAUUAUCUCAUGGUCAUGAGAUGAGCCACGGGCUGGUGUGUGCUCUGAGCAUAAGCCUGCUUGGGAUUCUCUCUCUCCUCUCUCCCCCCCAUCCCACUCACGCUCUCUAAAAAUAAAUAAACAUUUUUAAAAUAAAUAAUUAGAUAAAUAUGAAAAUUUUUAAGUUCAGAAUUUUAUUUUUUUUUAAUUUUCUAAUGUUUAUUUAUUUUUUUUUAAUUUUUUUAACGUUUAUUUAUUUUUGAGACAGAGAGCAUGAACGGGGGAGGGUCAGAGAGAAGGAGACACAGAAUCUGAAACAGACUCCAGGCUUGAGCUGUCAGCACAGAGCCCGACGCAGGGCUCGAACUCACAGGCCGUGAGAUCAUGACCCGAGCCGAAGUCGGCCGCUUAACCGACUGAGCCACCCAGGCGCCCCUCUAAUGUUUAUUUUUGAGAGAGAGAGAGAGAGAGACAGAGCAUGAGUGGAGGGUGGGGAGAAAGAGAGAGACACAGAAUCCAAAGCAGCCUCCAGGCUCUGAGCUCUCAGCACAGAGCCCAACACAGGGCUCAAACCCACUGACCUCAAUAUCAUGAUCUGGGGUGAAGUCAGAAGUUUAACCUCCUGAGCCACCCAGGCACCCCAAGUUGUUCCAAAUUUUAAAGAAGUUACAUUAUAGGAGCACCUGGGUGGCUCAGUCAGUUAAGUGUCCAACUUCAGCUCAGGUCAUGAUCUCAGGGCUCGUGAGUUCAAGCCCCAUGUCAUGCUCUGUGCUGACAGCUCAGAGCCUGGAGCCUGCUUCGGAUUCUGUGUCUCCCUCUCUCUCUGCCCCUCCCCUGCUUGUGCUCUGUCUCUUUCUGUCUCUCAAAAAUAAUAAACAUUAAAAAAUAUUUUUAAUAAAAAAGUUACAUUAUAUCUUUUACUGCUUUGUUCCACACUGUUGAUGCACGUUACACAAAAUUUUAGUUUUGAAAUUCAUUUUUUGAUUAUUGGAUUUAUCUUUCGUGAAAUUUUUAUUAAGUAGUAUAUUUUAUUUUUUUUAAUUUUUUUUUAACAUUUAUUUAUUUUUGAGACAGGGAGAGACAGAGCAUGAACAGGGGAGGGUCAGAGAGAGGGAGACACAGAAUCUGAAACAGGCUCCAGGCUCUGAGCUGUCAGCACAGAGCCUGACGCGGGGCUCGAACUCACGGACCACGAGAUCAUGACCUGAGCCGAAACCGGCCGCUUAACCGACUGAGCCACCCAGGCGCCCCUAAGUAGUAUAUUUUAAAUUAAACAAGGGCUUAACUUUAACUCCAACCCAAUUGCAAUACAUACAGGUGGUUUUCCACUCAAAUUUACAAAAGCAUUAUUUAAUAGUAACAAAAAUACAUAAGGGGUUCAGUUUUCCUUUUAAUCCAAAGGGUUGUUUGUUUGUUUAGAGGAGGGGGGCAUGAGUGGGGAGAGGGGCAGAGGAAGAGGGAGAGAGAGAAUCUUAAGCAGGCUCCACACCCAGCUCAGAACCAGAGGCAGGGAUCAGUCUCACGUCCUGAGCCAAAAUGAACCAGACACUCAAUCAACUGAGCCGCCCAGGCACCCCUAAUGUUUUUAUUUUUAAGGGACAUUUACCAACAUCCUAACAUAGAUAUUUCAAGAGAGAGAAGAAAAGGAGCACCCUGUAAUAAAAGUUAUUACAGCCAAAUAACAUAGUUACCUAGGAGUUAGGUGACUGGACAUUUCAGAGUCCACUGUGGUUUUAAAUACUUUCUACUAGCAAAUAAAGUCACUUAUAUAGUAGGCUUAUGUAUUUUAGGGUGAAAACGUAAAGAAUUAUAAUGGUAUACAUGAUAUUUGUAACAGUUAAAACUGAAUAAAUCUACCUUUUAAUUAAAUGACUGCAGUGUGGGACAAACUUUCGCCUCACCAGUCAUUUUGUUUUCAGAGAAACAGAUGCCCUAACGAUAGAGUAAUGGGAGUGCUUCAGCAAGUUACCAGCAACUAUUUAAAAGGUUUGGAAAAGGAUGCUAGCAAUUAACAUUUUACGUUAAAGUCACUUUAAGGUAGACACUAGGUGCUGAGGCCAUUUGCUCAUUCUAAGGUCUUCAGAAAAUAUCCCAGUCCUUAAAAGUCACAGGCACUGUGAAAUACAUCAUUGAGAGUUCUUUCUAAGCAUUGCAUUCUGUGACCAGAAGCCUUUUGGGGUACAGCAAUCCCACUACCACCACCACCUUCUUUCCUUUUGUUAACCACGCCCUUAAGCACACCCUCAGGGCAAAAUGUCCUUGAUCUGCUCUAGAAAUAAGACACCUAUUCCGGAACAUUCUCCUCAGAGGUGGUCCUCCUGGUAGUCCCCGAUUUAUACUCCCCAGCCUCUAGGCUAUCAAAACAAGUCUAACGGGAGCUGAGGUUGCAGCGAUCUACUCAUCUUACUGCCUUCCUGACGCCAAAGACACAGCUUCUGUCCCUACUUCCCCUUAACAGACCAUUUCUCUCAAGCUGGAUUUGUCCACUUUUUUCUUCAGUCUUGUGGCUCCUUUUGCUUUUGGAGUCGUUUUGCAUAUAACUCCCUAUCAUGGAACACACUGCCAACUUUUGAAACAACCACAUAACUUCCUUCCACAGUGAAGAAAGGUAUUCACCCUCUUUUUGGUAGUGCUUUACUUUAUUUUUAAAAAGCAGCAUGUGUGCUAUCAUUUGGGGGCAGAUAAAAGGAAAUCAUUUGGCCCGGUUUUUUGUUUCACUGCAGCUGACCCUUGUAUAACAUGGCGUAACUGGGGUGCUGGGGUGCAAGAGCACCUGGCCCCAGGGGCUCCAAACAGACCAGGAUCGGCCACUCGCAGCUGACAAAAUCCAAAGGCAGAGGGAUGAGAGGCGAUGAAACAAGAAAGAGUUUAUUUCAAUGAUGCCAACACAGAAGACAGCAGAUUACUGUCCCAAAAACUGUCUUCAAAGUGCUGAAAUACUUCGGGGUCCCUGGGUGGCUCAGUCAGUCAGGCAUCUAGCACUUGAUUUUGGCUCAUGUCAUGAUCUCAUGGUUUGUGAGAUUGAGCCCCAUGUUAAGCUUUGAGCUGACAGCACAGAGCCUGCUUGGCAUUCUCUCUCUCCCUCUCUCUGCCCCCCUCCACUUGUGCACACACGCGCGCAUGCUCACACUCUCUCUCAAAUACACUUCCAAAAAAUAUCAUAAAGAAGAGAAAAUACAUUUACAGUACUGUACUGUUGUGUAUAAAAAAAUGUGUAUAAGUAGACCUGUGGAUCCGUGCAGUUCAAGAGUCAACUGUGUAUCUGAGCCUGUAUUUUUCCUUCAUUUGACAAAAGAAAGGGUGUUCUGAUUCUUGACUCAUGGCCCAAAUUUUUAGAAAGAAAUUCCUGUAACAUGUGUAAGAACAAUUCAUUGUUUCUCUUCAGUUUGCUAGAAAUUCUUUCAGAAAGCAUCCAAUUCUAUUUGCUUUAGUUUUGUGCUUACUCAGCAGCCUUCUGACUUGCAAAUUGGUCUCCUAAAUGUACAUACCCACAAGAAAGAAAAAAUUCAGAAAAAAAGAAAAAUGAGAAAGACGGAAGCAUGAAAUGGAGGCUUCUGCUUUUUUAAGCAAGAGAUCAUGUUUUGUGAAGAAACCUUCAGGUCUGGUUAUCAUCCUUGGUAUAUAUCCUACUUAUGAGACUAACAUUCUGCUUUCUGUAUAUAAUAAGCUUCUUGGAAGAUGAUUGGUUUCCCGUUCCCUAAUCAUCCCUUGAGUGAACUGGUAGAAUACGAUUCUUAAACAUAUAAAUCUGAGGAGUAGAAUCUGGACCUGCCAUGUGGCCCUGAAGCAACCUAAAAGCACCCAGAGGUGUCUUUGUAAUUAUCACCAAUUCAUCAUCAAUGCAACACUUGUUUUGUCCUGCAUUCUUUCUGGGUUUGUUUUUUUUUUCUGUCUACAUUUAAAUUAUGUCCCGUGAGGGAAAAAUAUUUUAGGAGGAAAUUCAAGACAGACUAUCAUUUUUUUUAUAGCAGAAUUUCUGAAUCUCUGAAGGCUUGAUAACGCCCAAAUUAACCUGUUUAUUUUUUUAAGUUUAUGUAUUUUUGAGAGAGACUGAGAGAGUGUGAGCAGAGGAGGGGUAGGAGAAAAGGUGAAUCUCAACCCAAUAGCACAGAGCCUGAUGUGGAGCUCAAAUUCAUCAAACCAUAAGAUCAUGACCUGAGCCAAAACUAAGAGUCAGAUACCUAACCUGACUGAGCCACCCAGGCACCCCAAGCCUGUAUGUUUAGAAGGAACCAACUAUAACUUGGGAUAGAGAGAAAAGCAUUUAAUACUUUGCUCAGUUCACAAACUCUAUAUCCAUUUGACCUUAAAGUAUGAGAUAAUUGAGUUCACUGUACUUGUAUUAUUAAGGACCCUUAUAGAAUAUAGUGUAAAUGAAAUUUUUAAAAAGGGAAAUACAAGAUUACCCUUUUGAUAUAUUUUGCCAAAUUGCUCUCUGAAAGGAUUGAUUUCAUUUCUCUUCCAACAACAUACCAGGCUUCGCCCACUCCUAAAAGUAGCGCCGUCCUAUGAAAACUUUAGCCAAAAUGGCAUAAAGCAGGGGCACCUGGCUUGCUCACUCAAAAGAGCAUGGUGCUCUUGAUCUCUGGGUCAUGAGUUCAAGCCCCACAUUGGGUGUAGAGAUUACUUAAAAAUAGAUAAAUAAAUUAAUAAAUAAAUAAAUAAAUAAACUCUAAGUCAAAUUGGUGUCAAGCAAAGAAGCAAUUACCAUUAAUUUACAUGGAAAAACUUUUCAUCAUUCCCAGACCCGCCCCCCCACAAUAACUUCUCUUAGGUUUUUCCAAUAUCUUAGAACACAUCUUGCCAGUAGAUGCACAAAAUAAACGGAGACAGAGCACAGAGCAUAGGUGCUCACAGGCGCAGUUCAGCGCUGUGGCCAGUCAUGCUGAGAUGCUGGGUGUGGAUCUCAAGGAGUUAGGCAGGACCUCUCUCGCUGCUCAGGUGCCCGCUGCUUGUACUAUAACAGUCCGCUGCAAAACACUCAAUGCUAUUUUCUAUUUUUAUCUUUUGCUUUUUGUUUUUGCUUUUGUUUUGUUUUGUUUUGUUUUGUUUUGUCUUGUAAAAGCCAAAAUCCUCUUUGGACUUCUUUUGGUUGUGAAAACAUGUACUAAUGUAGGUCUUCUGUACAAGCGAGGUGUCAUAAUGAGAAUUUGUGAAAAACGGGAUAACUACAUAUCUCUUCCCCCACAGCUUUACUCACAUUAAGUAGUGUUAUGCUGUUAAUCCUUGUCAACUAGAUACAAGAAAAAUAUAUCCUCAUUGUUUAAUUUCAUUUCCUUAAUUGUGUAUGAUAUUAAUACACUUUCCUGUAUUUCUUUUCAUAUUCGACGUGUCGUCUUUGCCCAUGUUUCUAUUCAGCUGAUGGUCUUUUGCGUAUUGAUGUAUGAGUCCUUUCUACAUUAAAGAAACUAACCAUUUAUCUGUCAAA